AUGACAGUUUCGAUCUCGAAACUGAACACGGGUGCCUCCAUACCGGCGAUUGCCCUAAGUACCUGGCAGAGCAAAGACGACGCCCCCUAUUGUUAUCGUAACGUGAAAGAGGUUGGUGAAGGGAUUCAACAAGGCCUCGUGGAAUCAGGCCUGCAGCGGAGCGACAUCUUUAUCACUCCAAAAAUCUGGUGCACCUACCGCACGAGGGUGCAAGAGAAUCUCGACAAAAGCCUGGGGGAUCUGGGUUUAGAGUAUGUUGAUCUCUACCUCCUACACUGGCCGAUUGCGAUGAACCCGAGUGAGAAUCACGAGAAAUUUCCCACGCUACCAGAUGGGUCUCGGGAUUUGGUGCGUGAACGGUCCCACGUCGAUACAUAUAAGGACAUGGAGAAGCUAUUGUCGACCGGUAUGGUGAAGGCCAUCAGAGUUUGCAACUAUUCCAAAGGGUAUCUGGAGGAACUGCUAGGUUCCGCUUCCAUUAUCCCUGCAAUCAAUCAGAUCGAGAACCAUCCGCUACUACUACAGGAUGAGAUUGUGGAAGUGUGCCGUAAGGCUGGCAUAUUCUGA